CGUCGAAACAGUAAGCUUACAAGAGCGGUAGUGAUCAGUAGUAUAUCUCUAUUGAACAAGUUUUAAAAUAUUCUUAAUGCUGUGUGCAUACUAAAUUGUUGUAAUUUACUUGAUGUAAUCAAACCACUCAAAAUGUUAUCGCGCUUAUUAAUUAAGUGGGAUGCAAUAGUAGAGCGUUCGUUGAGUUCAGCGGCUUUAAGGGGAUAUGCAACAGCUGUGCAGCAAAAGCAGGAAACCCAAGGUACUUUUACUACCAAUAAUUGGGAAAAUGCGCGUCCAUAUUCUGAGUUACCAGGGCCAAGCAAAUAUGAAAUGCUUCGUGGAAUUUUACCAGGAGCCUCACAGUUGUUCAACCAAACUAUUUUGGUACGAUUUUUUCCAAUACAAAUUUUAAAACCAAUACCGAAAUGUGUGUUCCAUAAGAAAACAUUUAUUGAAAUAAUUAGAACCAUGACACACAUAUAUGGCGAUAUCUAUCGAUUUCCUUCCGUGUUCGGCAGACCAGAAAUGGUUAUGAAUUUUAAUCCAAAUGAUUAUCCAAUAAUAUUUCGAAACGAGGGUAUUUGGCCAGAACGUCGUACUUUCGGAACUUUAUAUUAUCAUCGUAAGGUGCACAGAAAGGAUUUUUUUCAAGACGUUGAAGGACUAUUGACCACAAGAGGCGAAGAAUGGGGAAAAAUACGUACCGCCGUUAAUCCAGUGCUAAUGCAACCCAAAAAUGCCAGACUCUAUUUAAAUACGUUACUGGAAGUCAAUGACGAAUUUCUCGAAAGAAUACGUCACAUACGCGAUCCUUUGACACUCGAAGUGCCCGAUGACUUUAUUGAUGAUAUUAAUCGUCUCACCUUAGAGGGCGUGGUGAGCAUUGCCCUCAAUACCCGUUUAGGCAUGAUACAUAAAAAUCGUGAUAGUCCGGAAAGUAAAACACUUUUGAAAGAAAUACGCAAUUUUUUCGCCUUGUCGGAAGAGAUAGAACUCAAGUUAUCCAUUUGGAAGAUAAUCAAAACACCGACGUUCCAUAAACUGAUGAAAACAUUAGAUACGCUUAUAGUACUGUGCAAUAAAUAUAUUGAUGAGGCGCUAAAACGAAUAGAUUCGGAUAGUGAGGGUAAAUUCACCUCAGAGGUGGGCAAGGAGAAGAGUGUUUUAGAGAAACUAUUGAAAAUUGAUCGCAAAAUCGCUGUUGUUAUGGCAAUGGAUAUGAUGAUGGCUGGCGUCGAUACGACAAGCUCCACUUUAACGGGCAUAUUAUUUUGCAUCGCCAAAAAUCCAGAGAAACAACAGAAACUAUUCGAGGAACUCAAAAGUAUUUUACCAAAUAAGGACUCGCGUUUGACAAUUGAGAAUAUGACAAACCUUCCAUAUCUACGCGCUUGUAUUAAGGAAGGCAUGCGCUAUCAUCCCAUUAUAAUUGGCACAAAUCGUCAGCUGCCGAAUGAAGUUGUGCUGAGUGGAUAUCGCAUACCGGCCGGUAUUGAUAUUUCGGUUGCUUCCAAUUUGCUAUUGCGCAAUGAGAAAUUUGUGGAAGAGCCAAAUAAAUAUAUACCAGAGCGUUGGCUGCGUAAUGACAACGAGGGUAAAAAAUAUCAACUCAAUAACCCUUUUCUAUUUCUUCCCUUCGGCUUCGGUCCACGCAGUUGUGUGGGCAAGCGCAUUGUGGAUCUUGAAUUAGAGGUUACGUUGGCGCGAUUGGUGCGCAAUUUCAUGAUUGAAUUCAAUUAUUCAACGGAAAAUGCUUUUACCCAGAAGUUAAUUUUCCUACCAGCUAUACCAUUGAAAUUCAGAUUCGCUGAAAGAAAGGAGUGAAGAUACGAUGAUUGAUUGGAUCGUAUAAGUAAAGAAAAGUCAUUUAUAAACUCGUUUUAUGAAGCGUUUCACUAAGUUUCUAUGAGUGGAAUAUGUUUGUAUUAGCAAAGAUAAUUAGAGCUCAAUAUGUAAAAUAUAUGUAUAUGCCAAUAAAAUAUAUUUAUAAAUUAUAAACUAUUAUAACAAGAAAA